UCUCUCCCAUUCAGGCUUCCCCACCCUCCACCUCCUUCACUCUAACCAUCUCUUCGCCUCCCCUUCCUCCCUCUCUGGGCACUGGGCGGUGUAUGAUCGGUCCUGAGCGCUCCUCCUCUUCCUAAUAUGCGGAUAAUAGCGGGUGUAAAGUGGAUUUGAACUUGCAGCCAGAGCUGAGAGCUGGAGGAGGACAUCUGUUGUAAAGGAACCGCACAGAUACGCGCAUCCAGACGCCGACGUCGGUUUGGGACUUGCGGGACUUCAGUUUGGAAACUUUUAAGUGACACAAAACAAGUGGAUUUUUGGACUUUUUACGCAUUUGCAAGAUUGCCGAGAUGAUUGGACACAUCCUCACACACCUGCUCUGGUUUGUGUGUCUGUGUUCGGCUCAACCAGCAUCUCCACGCACGAUGAUGACGAUGGAGAAGAACUCUCCUGCAGCUGGAUCUCUGGCCGGCGAGGUGGUGCUUCCUUGUCACUUCUCCAUAAUUCCAGCUUCUCCCACCACGACCACACAUGCCCCCACAUCUGCACCACCUCCCAGCCCGAGUCCUGACGAGCAGCUCCGGAUCAAAUGGGUGAAGCUGGACGGGCCGGACGAGAAGGUGGUGCUGGUGGCUCAGGGAGGGGUGGUGAAGGUGGGGCAGGGGUUCCUCAGCAGGGUGUCGGUGCCGAGCCGCCCGCUGUCGGUCGGGGAUGCCUCGCUGAUGAUGGUGAAGCUCAGGGCCAGCGACGCCGGGCUAUACCGCUGUGAGGUGAUGCACGGGAUGGAGGACACUCAGGACACCGUCAGCCUCAGUGUCACUGGUGUUGUCUUCCACUACAGAGCAAAUUCCAGCCGCUACACUUUAGAUUUCCCUGCAGCUGUGGAGGCGUGUCGCUCCAUCGACGCCUCCAUCGCCACCCCCGAACAGCUGGAGGCUGCCUUCGAGGACGGCUUCGACCAAUGUGAUGCCGGCUGGCUUGCCGACCAGUCAGUCAGGUAUCCAAUCACAGUGCCCCGUCCAGGCUGUGCGGGUAAUCUGCUGAGUCGACCAGGUGUGAGAACGUACGGUCUCCGCGACCCUGCAGAGACGUAUGACGUGUACUGCUACGUAGACAAACUGAACGGUGAUGUCUUCUACCCCCCAUCCCUCAAAGACAAGGUCACCUGGCAGCAGGCAAAUGAGGAGUGUGAGAAGCACGAUGCUGUGUUGGCGUCGCCCGGCCAGCUGUUUGCAGCCUGGAGGGCAGGACUGAACCGUUGCGACUACAGCUGGCUGUCUGACGGCAGCGCCCGUUACCCCAUCACCGUCCCCCUGCCGCAGUGUGGAGGAGGCCUGCUGGGCGUCCGCACAUUCUACAAGUACGAAAACCAAACUGGAUACCCAGAUCGCAGUGAGCGCUAUGGAGCGUUCUGCUAUAAGGCUAAGCUACCAGAACCGACCACUGCGAGUUCCCAGGCGAGUACAGCUGCGUCCAACCCCACAGCUGCUCCUCACACUCCAGCACCCUCACACCCUGAAAAAGCUGAAAUCCAAACAGCAGGACCGGAGCCUGUCGCAUAUUCACCAACAGAGAGCCCGCUGGCAGACAUCACCUCCCCACACACCUCAACCUCAGCGAUCCCCUCUACCACCUUCAAUGACUUUGACGUUCAAGAUUUCAGUAACUUACACAAGGUAGAGUCGGUCCCCAUCAGAGGAGACACUUUGAUCCCCAUGCAGCUCCCUCCAUUACCCACCUCCCGCUCGCAGCCCGAACACCUCGACAUCUCCCACAUGGGGCAGGAGGGAGGCCAGGCAGGAUCAGGCCAGGGUGAGAGCAGUGGCAGUGGGGAGGGAGGCAGCAGCGAUGACAGCUCGGGAGCAGUGACCCCAGGACCCACGUUGAGACCAAGCUGGCUUCCAGAGGUCACCGCAGGCCUGGAAACCUCAUCACUGGAAGUCACCCUAAGCCCUACGGAGAUCACUGCAGUUAUUCCACUGACUGUCACACCAGAGCCAGCUGGGGCCACAGAGGAUGGGCAACAACCUGCCGUGGUUUUCAAAGAGGACGUCACCCCCGGGGCUCCACCAGCGUUUGACCUUGAGUCUCUGGGCAUGUCUUCAGGUGGAGAGUCAUCAGGCAAAUCUCCGUUCCACGUCAUCCUCGUCAACGUGCACAGCCAAAAUCAGUCAGUUGACCGCGUCCUGGACAUCCUAAACCAGCCUGGGAAGGCCUCCAUUUUCCCCCAGAUCACCGACCUCACUCAGCUGACCAGUCAAGCCAUCCAAGGCAGUGGGGACGCCGACUCCCUUGAUCCAUCUCCCAUCAACCUACCGCCAAUGGUCAGCUUUGUCAACGGAAAACAUGAGGUGACGCUGGCACCAGAACAGCCAGAGGAAGCCCGAGGUGAUCAGUUUGAGACGGCCACCCCUAUUCGUGUGGAGGAGGUGGAGGUGGAGGAGAGGGAGGAGGACUCCAGAGUGACUCCCUUCGACUAUGGUGUCAUAGAAAUACACACCGAGGAGACACCUACUGAGGAAAGCAGUGACCAGGUCUCUCAUCCUACAGAUGCAUACCUAGAUGGAGGUUCAGUCUCUAGUGUGGAAGCUGACACAUUUCCUGAUGUGUUCACCAACUUUGGACUCAGAACUCAAAAUAAAACAGCGACGACCACCAUAUUUACUCCACCUGUUUCACUACCGAUGUCCACCACACCAUCAGGCUCAGGAGUCUCCACCUAUGAUGACAUGGAAGGCUCUGCAAGCCACCCCACCGAUGAUGUACCUGGCGCUACACUUCAGAGUUCCGGUGCUUCGACCACGCCGGCUGCAGGCGGCCAGCCGGGUGUGAUGACAGACGAGACAGAAAUUGGAGGGACAGAGUCUCCAACUUUUAUGCCCGACACAAAGUCAGAGGAAACCACCACACCAGUGCAGACAGAGGACUUAGAGGGCUCUGCCUCAGGAGAAGACGAGGCCUCAGGGCAGGACAUUUACCCACCAGAAACACCCACAGUCACCAGCACACUGCCACCGAUUCACUCCGCCCUCCACACCACGCAGCUCCCACCUGCAGCUGACAGUGAAAUCACAGAAGAUGCUCUAACAGAAACUGGCUCAGGUGUGGAUCAGCUGUCUGGGGAUGGGGAGAUGUCAGAGGAGGUCACGGUUUCACCAACAGUGGCAGCUGUGACUUCGGGAGACCAAACCACAGACGUAAAGCACACAACUGUAGAAAGUACCACACUAGCACCCUCCACACGUCCCUCCCUUGCUGCUACAGAUGCUAAGAAACAUCCAGCAGUCACCACAGAGCCUCCAAACACAACGUCAGAUGACCGCACUGUACUUUACAGGGAACACACCGAUCCGUCCACUACAACCUCCACACAGGACGUCAGGCCGACCACGCUCUCCACUACAUCUCCCCUGUAUACCUUUGACCAAAUCACCCGCUCAGUUCCUGACUGGGCUCUGAUCCCCGACCCGGACGCCACCGCUCUGCCAGAUGAGGAGUUUGUGGACUACGACAAAGAGAUCGCCCCUGGCCAGGUGGAGGCCCUCCCACAGAGACCUGAGGAGACCGAGGCAACAGAGGAACCAGAGACCGGCACCGACUUGGCUUAUUCUGUGGAGGCCAGCACUGUAAACGUCAGAGAUCUCCUGCCAUGUUCCACCAGUGUGUGUCUGAAUGGAGGCUCCUGCUACAAAAGAGGAGUCCAGAACAUCUGCGUCUGUGCACCUGGAUACAUUGGGCAGCGGUGUGAAACAGAUGUCGAUGAGUGCCAGUCCAACCCGUGUCUGAAUGGAGCCACCUGUCUGGAUGGGGUCAACUCCUACACCUGCCUCUGCCUGCCCAGCUACGCCGGAGAGCUCUGUGAACAAGAUACAGAGGUGUGUGGAUUUGGUUGGCAGAAGUUUCAGUCACACUGCUACAAGUACUUCACACACCGUCGCACCUGGGAUGCUGCAGAGAGGGAGUGUCGGCUGCAUGGAGCUCACCUGGCCAGCAUCCUGUCACAUGAGGAACAGCUCUUUGUCAAUCGUCUGGGCAGUGACUACCAGUGGAUCGGCCUCAGUGACAAGAUGUUUGAGAGGGACUUCAGGUGGACCGAUGGCAGACCUAUGCAAUACGACCACUGGAGGCCAAACCAGCCCGACAGCUUCUUCGAGUCAGGAGAGGACUGUGUGGUGAUGAUUUGGCAUGAGGGAGGACAGUGGAACGAUGUGCCCUGCAACUAUCACCUGACCUUCACCUGCAAGAAGGGAACAGUGUCAUGUGGCCAGCCCCCUGUGGUGAAGGAUGCUCGAGUGUUUGGGCCCAUGAAGCCUCGCUAUGAGAUCAACUCGCUGCUCCGCUAUCACUGUAAACAGGGCUUCAUCCAGAGACAUGCUCCGACUAUACGCUGCCGAUCCAAUGGCCAAUGGGACAUGCCCAAAGUCACCUGCACCAGCCCCGCAACCUACCACAAGUCAUUUACUCUCCAGCGCCGCAACAACCAGAAUGAGCAACAACAGAGGCCCUUUAACCACCACAUCCAUCACUCCAAGAGUCAUGAGAAACACAAUCAGAACCAGGAGCAGCAGCAGGAUUAUAACAUCCUGCAAAACCUCUGGGAUCCUUUCCAAAGUCGAGUCCAGAAGCUGCUGAGGGAAAAGAGGCAACUGCAGGCUCAAACACACACCCAGGAUCAGAUCAGACACUGAUGUGGUUUGUAGGUUUGCAAACCAGAUGUGUGGUGGUGACCAGUCACAGCAGGCUGGCCAUGUCAGUCCAGAGGCAUCGAUAGACAGACGGAGUGUUGUUGCACUGAACUGUCUAUCAAUUUCUCUCAGAAGGACGAGGGAGACGCUUCAUCAGUACAUUUUCCAAAAACACUCCAGGAUCUGAACCAUAACGCUAGUGACAGUUUAGUUUCAUUGGUAAAGUCAGCUCAUUGAUUAUAUAAGUCUCUCCAUUAUGUAACGGUGCUCAGGUUACUGAUAUACUUGCUUUUUACCAUUUCAAAUUCUUAAACGGUCAUCAUUGUUCACAUACUUGCAUACUUUGUGUUGGAGUGUAAAAGUAUAUUCACUCGGGGGCAGGUUUGCACUUAAUCAUGCCUAACAAUCCAAAGAAUUUGGACAAUAUUUUUAAAAAUCAUCGUGCGGAUCACAAUAUUUUUACUGCCUCCAGUGGAUACUUGUACAUAGACUACCAUCUGGUUUUGUUGUGCCACAACGCAAUGUUCUUGUAAUCGCUUGACAGUAAAAAGAAGAGCUCCUUUAAUAUUUAUUGUAGUGCUAGACUGAAAAACAUGACAAACACUUGGACGCUUUGACUUGGUCUCAGCCUCCCAUCGGCACUUUUAAACUUCAGGUCUUAACUGAUAUAUUUAAGUUGAGGAUGUCAGGCCUAAUUCAGAUCACUAGUGUCCUUCAAAACCUUGUAUGUGUCAUGGUUAGCUUAUGAAAGAAAAUGUUAUUUGUACUACAAUUUUAGCUUUUCUCAGACUGAAAGGAACCUGGUUUUCUUUCUUUCUUUUUUCUUUUUUUGAUUCAGUGUUUGUUUGCCUCAUCUUUGACUUGGUUGCUUCAGACUUAGCCUUGACUCAGUCUCAACACUUUUAGAACUUGACUUUGACUCCUUUUGGACUUGACCUUGACUCAACCUCGACUCGUUUGGGACUUCACCUUGACUCAUUUAAGUCCUUUUGGACUCAGCUUUGAUACCUUUUGAGCUUGAGCAUGACUUGUAUUUCCUACUUUUGUACUCUGCCUUAACUCAAACUUGACUCCUUUAAAUUUGGCCUUGAUUCAGAUUCAGAUACUUUCAGAUGUAACCUUGACUCCUUUUGAACUUGGCCUUGACUUUAAUUUAAAUCCUUUUGCGCUCAAGGUACUACAAGAUAGUCUUGAGUCUACUUUUACCUAGCCUUGAAACCUUUCAGAUUUGGCCUAGAGUCAGCCUCGACUCCUUUCGGACUUGCCUUCACUCCUUGUAGACUUGCCGUGACUAGGAUUCAAAUGUUGUUGGACUCAGUCAUGACAUAGCCUUGACCAAGACUUUAAUCCUUUUGGACUCAACCUCAGCUCAAAUUUGACUCCGUUUAGAUUUGGCCUUGAGUCAGACUCAACUCCUGUUUAGUUUAUCAGUAGAUGUGCAGUCGGCAUCCCUAAUGUGCAGAGAGACCAAGCUGCCUCAGAUUUUGAGUUUUGUCUGGAUAGAAUCUGUAUUGAGUCCUGGGAACUUCAGUAGUUUCAGACAUUUACACAAACAGAUUUGGCCUUCAGAUAGAUAAUGCUUUAUGACUUUAUCUUCAAAACGUUCCAUCAUUGUUGGUGUGAUCUAGAUCUGUCCCGACAGUCAUAUGUUGAGUGCUAUCUCACAAACACAUUUGUUAAUGAAGACCUGUUCACCCAGCUCGCCCAGUGUGGUAUGCAUGUGUGAACAUGUAUUUAAAAGCAAGUAUAUCAGCAACGUAAAAGGAAAGACUUAUGACUUUAAGACUUAUGCCGCACAUCGUCAGUGACACUUCAGCUUCAUCAGCUUUUUUGUCACUAAAUAAAGCCUGUCAGCCCAGUGCCUUACGUGAAGUUAUUUUAAAGCAGCCCUGUGGAGGAUUUUGACAGCUGUGACCACGUUUAUCUGUCACGUGACAGGUCAUAAUUGUAUAUAACAGAUGAAUAUAGCCACUAUAUGGUCAGCCGUUAGUUUGUGGAUUACCAUUUUGAAGCCUUACAUUUAGAAUUUAGUCAUCGCCAAAUAGUUUUUCUUUUUGAGGACACUGCUGUCACUGACAUGGUCAAAGUUGCUCCACCCUUUAACAUACCCUGGUUUAUCAUCUUUUUUCCUCUAAAUGGGACUAUCCUUUACCACAUUGACACCUUAUUGUAUUGAAGAAGACUUAAAACUAGCAAUUAAGGCCACAGAAAAUGUUUUUGGAGGUAACAAAUCAGAACUAGGGUCAUUUUCUCAUCUAUACAAAUAGAUUUCUUUUUCUAACCAGAAGAAUUGUCUCCUGCUGGCUGUCAGAAACAAUGCAGAUUUAGCAUACCUCUGAGGCUAUGUCCAUCAUUUAUAGACAGUCUAUGGUAGCAAUGCUCCUCCUAGAGUUUCCUGUUUGCUAGUUACAUUUCUUUGUGCAUCAUCUAGAACAUCCAAUUAGUGAAUGGCGUGAAACUAAUAGCAGUACAAUGAAAUUGCUCCAUAGCUUGAACAGUAGUCUAAAACUCCACAGGGUACCUUUAAUUUCCAGUAAUAUGGCACAUGUGAACAGCAGUUGAAAUAUUUGUGGUUUUUCUUUGCACAAGCAAGCCCAGAUAAUGGUAUUGAUGGAGAAUAAAAAAAGGAAAAAUUCCUCACUUUAAAUUAUUAUCAUAGAACAUUUUCAGUUUUGGUUUGUGCUACUCAAAUUAGUACAACCUAGUUUUGCUGGUUGAUUUCCCAUGUAGAUUUUUGUACAAAAUGUUUUAGCUUAAAAAAAAGGCUUUUAAAAGCAAAGACAUAAUGCACACAGAUGGUACAGUAGAUUAUUACGAAUGUGUGGUGUGUGUGCUGGGGCUAUUAAUCAUAGGAGAUAUAAUAUAGAUACUAUAUGAAGCCAUAUGAAUUUAACUUAUUGUAUACUUUAAAACUAUGAAUAGACUGUGAUAUUAAGUAAAGGUCAUUGGAACUGAAUGAUUCUGUUAAUGAUGACUUCCUUGCUGUUUACAGACUCUUGUCAUGUUGCUUCUUUCUCUGACAUUACGCAUUCUAUGUCAUGUAGAGUUUUUCGUUAGCAAAGUUAGCUUGUUGCGCUGUUGAUGCUUUUUAUUGUGCUUAAAAUCAGUCUGUCAUCCAACGAUUAAGGGAAUGUGAAAGAAGCACAUAGAGACACUAACUACAUGAUCCACAAGACUUUUUCAAAUUCAUUUUACUUUGUUCUUUUUUCUGUUUUUCUUACAUUUCCCUUUUUUUAUAUAGAUAUGGUAUGUCGAUGCAUCCAGAGUGCAUUUUUAUUUUUUUCCUACACCAUGUGGUUAAUAGGGUUCACUGUAUCUGUGGCACAAGAUCUUUUUUUAUGUAAUCACUGUUGCAUUGUCAAAAUGUUCAUCACCCUGUUUUCAAUGUCGUUGUUGGCUGUGUGUGUGCAAUAAUAGCUGUCAUAACACAA